CGGCGGCGGGUGACCCGAGCCGGGCGGGCGAAGAGGCAAGCAGCGGCUGCUCCCACCCGCGCUUCUCCUGGCCGAGCGGCUUUUUUUGGAGCUCGGAGUCCGCGUCUGACCGAUGGAGGCGCUUCCCGGCCGGGACGAGAAGCACAACCCGCUCCGCGAUGCCAACGUCUGCUCUCGGCUCUUCUUUUGUUGGCUGAAUCCAUUAUUUGUUACUGGCCAUAAGCGGAAACUUGAAGAAGAUGAUAUGUAUAAAGUACUUACUGAAGAUUCUUCAAAGGUGGUUGGAGAGGAGUUGCAGUGGUUCUGGGACAAAGAAGUGCAAAAGGCUAAGAAAGAAGCAAGGACACCCCAUUUAACCAAAGCGAUCAUACUUUGCUACUGGAAGUCUUACUUGCUUUUGGGUCUUUUUACAUUCAUUGAGGAAACACUCAAAGUAAUCCAGCCAAUGUUUCUGGGAAUGAUUAUUUCCUAUUUUGAAAAUGUUGGCUCCAGAGUUGGUGCUGAUGGUGGUGCUUUGGCGUCUGCCUAUGUCUCUGCAGCAGCCUUAUCUGUGUGUACUUUGAUUUUGGCUUUGACUCAUCACUUGUAUUUCUACCAUGUACAACGUGCCGGCAUGAAGCUGAGAGUAGCCAUGUGUCAUAUGAUUUAUCGUAAGGCACUUCGUCUAAGUAACACAGCCAUGGGGAAAACUACAACAGGCCAAAUUGUAAAUCUUUUAUCAAAUGAUGUGAAUAAAUUUGAUCAGGUGACGAUAUUCUUGCAUUACUUAUGGGCUGGACCUCUUCAAGCAAUAGUGGUAACUGCCUUACUUUGGCUUGAAAUUGGCCCAUCGUGCCUUGCAGGAAUGGCAGUUCUUAUUAUUCUGCUUCCUUUGCAAACCUGCUUUGGGAGGCUGUUCUCCUCUCUGAGGAGCAGGACCGCAGCCUUCACAGAUAUAAGGAUCAGGACGAUGAAUGAGGUUAUAACUGGAAUGCGGAUCAUAAAGAUGUAUGCCUGGGAAAAAUCAUUUGCUGAUCUUGUGAACAGCAUGAGAAGGAAGGAGAUUUCCAUGAUUCUUAAGAGUUCCUAUCUUCGGGGAAUGAAUUUGUCAUCUUUCUUUGUGGCCAGCAAAAUAACAGUGUUCAUGACGUUCAUGACCUAUGUGUUGCUUGGCAAUGUUAUCUCUGCAAGUCGGGUGUUCGUCGCGGUGUCCUUGUACAGUACAGUGAGACUGACGGUCACUCUCUUCUUCCCGGCAGCUAUUGAGAAAGUAUCUGAAGCUUUGAUCAGCAUUCGACGAAUCAAGAACUUUCUGAUUCUUGAUGAGGUCUCUCAGUUCAGCCCACAACUCCAAAACAACACUGAAAAUAUUCUCAAAGUGCAAGAUUUGACUUGUUCCUGGGACAAGGCUCUUGAACUGCCAACACUUCAAAACAUUUCAUUUACUGUCAAACCAGGAGAAUUACUCAUCGUAAUUGGCCCAGUGGGAGCAGGAAAAUCUUCACUCUUAAGUGCUAUCCUUGGAGAACUACCUGCAAGUAGAGGCAUCAUCAGUGGGCAAGGAAGAAUAGCUUAUGUUUCUCAGCAACCCUGGGUAUUUUCUGGCACUGUAAGAAAUAACAUACUCUUUGGGAAAGACUAUCACAAAGAAAAAUAUGAAAAAGUUCUAAGAGCCUGCGCUCUUAAAAAAGAUAUGGAACUGCUGGAAGAUGGAGACCUGACCAUUAUUGGAGACAGAGGAGUUACACUGAGUGGAGGCCAAAGAGCCAGAGUUAAUCUUGCCAGAGCUGUGUAUCAAGAUGCAGACAUUUAUCUCCUGGAUGAUCCAUUGAGUGCAGUAGAUGCAGAAGUUAGCCGGCAUCUGUUUGAGAAGUGCAUCUGUCACGCUUUGCAUAAAAAAAUUUGUAUUUUAGUCACCCACCAGCUGCAGUAUCUACAGGCUGCAAGCCAGAUCCUGAUUCUAAAAGAGGGUAAAGAAGUGGGGAAAGGGACUUAUCCACAUAUUCUGAGAUCUGGGAUAGAUUUUGCAUCCCUUCUAAAGAAGCCUGAAGAGGAUGAUCAAUCAGCUGUUCCAGGAACCAGUAGCCGCUCAUUACCUCGGAUCCGUACGUUUUCUGAGUCCUCUGUGUGGUCAAUAGAAUCUUCAGUACAGUCACAGAAAGAUGGGGCUGCAGAACCUCCUCCCUCUAUGGAGCCUGUCCUAACUGCACUGUCAGAAGAGAGCCGUUCAGCGGGAAAAAUCGGCUUUAGUGUUUAUAAGAAGUAUUUUGCUGCUGGGGCAAAUUAUUUUGUCAUUUUUAUACUUUUUUCCCUCAAUGUUUUGGCACAGGUUGCCUAUGUACUUCAGGACUGGUGGCUCUCUCACUGGGCAAAUGAACAAGUAAAGCUGAAUGUUACCGUAAAUGGAAAUGCUGGGAAAAAUGAGACAAAAACUGUUGAUCUUGAGUGGUAUUUAGGAAUGUAUGCAGGAUUCACUGUGGUUACUAUACUGUUCAGCAUACUGAGGAGUCUACUGAUGUUUCAGGUGUUAGUGAAUGCUGCCCAGAAUUUACAUAACAACAUGUUUCAGGCAAUUUUGAAAGCUCCAGUGCUGUUUUUUGAUACAAAUCCCAUUGGUAGAAUUCUAAAUCGUUUCUCCAAAGACAUUGGCCACCUGGAUGAUUUGCUUCCAUUAACAUUUCUGGACUUUGUGCAGACUCUGCUUCAGAUUUGUGGCGUGGUAGCCGUGGCCGUUGCGGUGAUUCCUUGGGUUCUUAUCCCUUUAGUUCCACUUCUUAUUCUUUUCAUCAUUCUUCGUCGGUAUUUCUUGGAUACCUCAAGAGAUAUUAAGCGUUUGGAAUCCACAACUCGAAGUCCGGUGUUCUCUCAUUUGUCGUCAUCUCUCCAGGGGCUCUGGACUAUUCGUGCAUUUAAAGCAGAACAGAGAUUCCAAGAACUAUUUGAUGCUCACCAAGAUCUUCACUCAGAAGCUUGGUUCUUAUUUUUGACUACCUCUCGCUGGUUUGCUGUACGCCUUGAUGCCAUCUGUGCCAUCUUUGUGAUAGUCGUUGCCUUUGGUUCUUUGCUUCUUGCACAGACUCUCGAUGCAGGACAGGUUGGUUUAGCUUUGUCCUACGCGAUUACUCUUAUGGGAAUGUUUCAAUGGGGAGUUCGACAAAGCGCUGAAGUUGAAAACCUGAUGAUAUCAGUAGAACGUGUCAUGGAAUACACCGAUGUGGAGAAGGAAGCAUCUUGGGAGUCAAGCAAACGUCCACCUCAGGACUGGCCAAGUGAUGGUGUUAUAGCCUUUGAAAACGUAAACUUUGCAUACAGCAUAGAUGGCCCUUUGGUUCUGAAACAUCUAACUGCUUUAAUCAAGUCCAAAGAGAAAGUUGGAAUUGUGGGAAGAACAGGAGCUGGAAAGAGUUCCUUAAUAGCUGCUCUUUUUCGGUUGGCUGAGCCCCAAGGACGGAUUUGGAUUGAUAAAAUUUUGACAUCAGAAUUAGGACUUCAUGACUUAAGGAAGAAAAUUUCAAUCAUACCUCAGGAGCCAGUGUUGUUUACUGGAACAAUGAGGAAAAACUUGGAUCCCUUCAAUGAAUAUACUGAUGAGGAGCUUUGGGAUUCUUUGGAAGAGGUUCAACUGAAGGAAGCUAUAGAAGAUCUCCCUAAUAAACUGGAAACACAACUCGCAGAAUCUGGAUCUAAUUUUAGUGUUGGCCAGAGACAACUGGUAUGUCUAGCCAGGGCAAUUCUGAAGAACAAUAGGAUAUUGAUUAUCGAUGAAGCAACUGCAAAUGUGGAUCCAAGAACAGACGAGUUAAUUCAAAAGACAAUCCGUGAGAAGUUCGCCCAGUGUACUGUGCUGACUAUCGCGCAUAGAUUGAACACCAUUAUUGACAGUGAUCGGAUUAUGGUUUUGGAUGCAGGAAGGCUGAAAGAAUAUGAUGAGCCGUACAUUUUACUUCAAGAAAAGGAGAGCCUGUUUUACAAGAUGGUUCAGCAAGUGGGUAAGGCUGAGGCUGCAUCCAUAAUGGAAACAGCAAAACAGGUUUAUUUUAAGAAGAAGUAUCCUGAAAUUAUUUCAAAUGGUGAAGCAGCUACCAACUCAUCAGAGGACAAUUCUCAAGGAUUAAUUAUUUUUGAAACUGCACUCUGAUCCCAUGCAAUUAUUCAUAUUGUUGAUUUUUUUAGUAGAAUGUAGUAUUAAUACAAUGCAAACCAAAUGUUGCUCUUAACUGAAAAUACUGUUUUUUGCACUGAAUGGCUAGCUAUUUGUUAUAGUGAAGAAAAAAGUAUGUUUAGUUUUAAUGUAAUGUUAUUCAUUUUUUUAAAAAUGCAGUACCUUUUGAACUUGGUUUUGUAAUUGCUUGAUCCUGUGGAUUUAGCAAAUACUGUAGAUGUAUGCCCCUUGGGAUCUAAAGCCAUUCUGUAUAGUUUCCAAACAAGGCUCUGGAAAUCCUAACAACCUUGUUUCAUAUAGAAGUGCCCUGACAGAGAAACUAUGCUGUAAGUUUCUAUUCCUGAUCACAGCUCCUGGGCCACUGCAUCAUUCCUAGGUUGUUGCAUAAAUAUGCCCCUAAUAUAAUGCAGCAGUGGUGUACAGGGGAAGAGAAACAGGUCUGAUGUCACAGUACUCAUCACUCCUGUUACUGCAUAAGUGCUAUCUUUGGCUGGCUCAUGCCUUACCUGUGGCUGCCUACGAUCAGUUGGCAUUGCCCUGACAGAGGGCUCCUUAUUUCACAAGUGUCUCUGAUUCUGUUACUCCACAGGCUCAACCUGCACAGGAUGCCUUUUAUACAUCCCAUGUGACACUUUAAACUGAAUACAGCCCCAUAAGGUGUCCAUUUUUUUUCCUUUUGUUUUUAUGCCUCCUCCCAAACACUCCGCAAGCCGUUCAGGUUUUGCUUGACUCUGGUACAGCUUGGAAAAAUUACUUUUCAGACUGCAGCUCCAAAAUCUACAGCCAACAUGUCUAGUGUCUGGGAGAAAUUAGGAGCUGAAGUCUAAAAAGAAAAAAAAGCUGUGUGGACUUGGUAGAAAAUCCAAAAACAAGGGCAGGUGAUAGUGGCCUAAUAAAAAUAUCACCCACCCUCCUCUUCAGGUAAUCUAAAAAGGUAGCUUUUACAAGCUCUGGAUGAGUGUUUCAGGCCUUCUAUGUACAACUGAUGCACUAAAUGUAUACAUCAAUUUGUGUGUUGUGCUUCUGUUAGUAUAUUUGAAUUCCUGGUUCCAGACACUUCUUACUUUGACAUUUGCAAUCCGUAUUCUCAGGUUGAAAAUGUAUUUUUCUAGUUUUGCAUACAGCACUAAGUAUGGGAGGGGUGGAGAAUGAAUGAAUGUUAUUUUAUCCAAAGAAAUAUAUAUUCAUAAAUCUUUUGCUAUAUGCUUUUCUUAUUUAAGCUUUAGCUGAAUGCUGGACGUUUAUGUAGAAGAUUGUCCUAUUUUGUGUGGUCGUUGGUGCACAAGUAUCACAUUAUUUUAACACACAUUCUCUUCUUAGGCAAGUACUUAGUGAAUGUGUUUUGUUAACAUAAAUACAUAUAGUUUUCAUUUACUUCUGUUGUAAACACUACAUUGUACAUAUGUAUUGGGCUUUACUGGAUUUCAAACCAAAUUUAUUUGGAAAAUGCAGUAGCACUUGGAGAGGAUCAGAGUAAUCAUGUUAAAACCUAUCAUGCUUGCAAAUAUAUCCCUCCCUUGAGCCCUGUUUUAUGACACCUGUUUUAUGACAGACUCUUUGAGUGUCAGCACCUUAGCACUGGAAAAGGUCAAAUAAAUUUUAAGUUACUGUUUUGUGGA